CGACACUUGCUGCUGCUGCACUGACUUCUCUGAGAGAGCGAGAGAGAUCUGCUUUUUUGAAGCACCACACAACAUACAUUGUGACUUGAAAGAUGAGGGCUGUCAUCUCACUGCUGGUGCUGCUGCUCCUCUCUAUGUGUGGCACUGACGCCUCUACCCAGGACAUCUCCAAUGAGCUGAAGCAACUCAGAGACAUGGUGGUGGACCUGACAGCAACACUGAAACAUACUCAAGAUGAUGUUAAGGUUUUGCAGACGGAGUUGGGCAACCUGAAGAAGGAAAAUGCAUUACAAGAGGCAGAGCUGGCAGCAGUGAACAACAGACUACUGGCAGCAACUGAGAAAGAUAUCAGAGCAGCACCAAAGGUGGCCUUCUCAGCAGCUCUGAGGGAAUCCGAUGAUGGAUAUACACGGUCUGGGAGUGAUGACCUGAACAUAGCGUUCAAGAAAGUCUUCACCAAUGUAGGAGAGGCCUACAGCAACACAACUGGCUUCUUCACAGCUCCAGUCAGGGGGGUCUACUACUUCAGGUUCACUGUUGCGGAUAAACUGUCCUCACGCUGGAUGACCAUCAAGAUGAAUAAGAAUGGACAGCAGAUCAUGUUUCAGGAGGAGUAUGCCAAAGACGAAUAUAUCUCCUAUCUGUCCGGUGGCCUGGUUCUGCAGCUGGAGAAGGGAGAUACAGUAAACAUGGUGCUACGAAGUGGCCGCAAUCUCUAUGAUUACCAUGAGUUUAACUACAACACCUUCAGUGGCUUCCUGCUCUUCCCUCUCUGAUCAACGUCAACAUCGCCAUGACCUCUCACAGGGUCGCUGACAGCUUUGGUGGAGCCUCGGACAGUUAUCCCCCCCCCCGCGCCC